AUGGUUUAUGAGGCGGGUAAGAUUAAAUACUUCCACCACAAACACCCAGAUUACAUGUCAUUGUUGGUGCUUGACGAAAUGGCUAAGCAACAAGUAUUCAUUGUCUUCAAUACAUUGUACCCCAACACUAUUGCUAACAUUUACAUAGAACAUCGAACAAUCAAGGAUGUUAUUGAUGGCCAAGACUUCACAAAAUAUUAUGUUGAAAUGAGACAUUCAGUUGUAAUUGAGGAGAUUAAUGAAGAUGAUGUGGAUGUGUUAGAUUAUAGUCAAGUUACUGAAGUCCUCAAGAUAGAUUGUUGUAAUAGAAAAAAUUUGCUAGAGUAUUCUGAAGUCAAUGCAAGUGGUGAUGUUGGAGGAGAAGAAUAG